CGCCGCCGAGCCCGCACCCAGCGGCCCCGGAGGGAAUUGCCAAAAUGCUUUGGAAUUCUUAAACGAUUCAAAAACUGAAGUCUCUGAGGAUACAAAAUCAUAAGAACACAAGAAGCAGCAAGGAGGAUUCAGUGCCAAUGCAGCAACAAAAAAGACAGCCAGAGUUAGUGGAAGGAAAUCUUCCUGUUUUUGUUUUUCCUACAGAACUUAUAUUUUAUGCAGAUGACCAGUCAACACACAAGCAGGUGUUGACUCUAUAUAACCCCUAUGAGUUUGCCUUAAAAUUCAAAGUUCUUUGUACAACUCCAAAUAAAUAUGCGGUGGUUGAUGCUACAGGUGCAGUGAAGCCUCAGUGCUGUGUUGAUAUUGUGAUUCGUCACAGAGAUGUCCGGGCUGCUUACUAUGGUGUGAUAGAUAAAUUCCGUCUGCAAGUGUCUGAGCAGAGCCAGAGGAAAGCACUGGGGAAAAAGGAGAUUAUUGCUACUCUACUUCCAUCUGCAAAGGAGCAACAGCAACAAAAGGAAGAGGAGGAAAAACGGAUAAAAGAACACCUGGCUGAAAGUGUCUUUUUUGAUCAGUCUUUGUGUCAACCAGAAAACAGAACUGCCUCGUCGGGACCUAGUUUACUAACAGUCUUCCUAGGAAUAGUGUGUGUUGCAGCACUAAUGCUACCUACAUUGGGGGAAAUGGAAUCCCUGGUGCCUCUCUACCUCCAUUUAAGCGUGAAUCAAAAGUUAGUAGCUGCUUAUGUUUUAGGUCUCAUCACCAUGGUUAUUUUGAGAACAUGAGCAAUGAGUUAAUAGGAUGUCCAACACCUUACUGUAUAUUCACACCAUGAAUGUGGACUGCCUUUUACUCCCAUUUGGCUCACUAAGACGCUAGCAACCCCCCUUACAGUGAUUUAAGAUCCCUUCAGAAGUGUAAUAUAUUUUAACUCUGUAUAAUAAACAAAAAGACUCAAAGCACUUUUCAGGUGCUUCUGUAACAGACAGCUAUGAAAUGUUCAAUGAUAACCUGUGAAAAUAAUUGGGAAAAAAAAAAGACAACAACUUUUCUAUCUACACCUACUGUAUAAAAAACAAAGGAAAACAUCAACAACAACAACUGAAAUCCUUAUUAAAGCAACAUUUGUUAUUUUUAGUCUAUGUUCCCAUCAGUGUGUGCUCACUCUAAAAGCAAAAGUCUCCUGUAAAAGCUGUUUGGUUGGUGGUUAUACAGGCUUGAGGCUGGUGCAAAACACUGCUGUCUCCAGAGCAGGAAGAGGAGAGUCCUGACUCUUCAUGGAAGAAAAUGAACAGUUCCAUCGAGGAAAUAAACCAUGAAUUUUAGGUGAAGAAGUCCUUCUCUCCCCUGCCUUCCUUCAUAUCCUUGCCAGCCCCUCGCUGAGUGCUGGGUUUCUUACCUGGGGUAAGAAUAAUUUCUGCGGCAGCCCUUUUGUAUCGCAGUUGUGGACAAUAAAACUGAGUUCUGUCCUUGGAGCCUUUCCUUCCUUAGGGCUGCGUGCAGGGUCACUGAUGGCAGCAGCUUGGAAGGGAGACCCUCAAAGGGCAUCUUCUCCAACCCCCCUGCAGGCAGCAGGGACACCUCCAACUAGAUCAAGGCUGCCCAGGGCCACAGCAAGUCAUCUCGAAUGUCUUUAGGGAUGGGGCUUCAACUACAUCCCUGGGCAACCUGUUGCAGUGUUUUCCCACCCUAACUGUGCAGAACUUCCUCUGCUGUCCAGCCUGAAUCUACCCUCAACAUCCAAUCCACACCUCAAUCUACACAUGCAGUGUGGGAGAUGAGCAGCAUUGGCAGCA